UGUCAAAGCUUGCGUUAUGAGAACGCAGGGAUCCUUCCAUUCUUCUUCUUGUUGCGCCUGCUUCUGUCGACUGCUGAAAUAUCUCUUUUCUGCUUCAACCACGUUUUGGUUAAGUUGUGAACAAUCAAAAUGUAUAACGUUGUUUCUAAAAAACGCCGGUUCGUUGCCAAUGGCAUGUUCCGUGCUGAAUUGAACGAGUUUCUGACUCGUGAGCUGGCUGAAGAUGGCUACUCGGGUGUGGAGGUCCGUGUGACCCCAACCAGAACCGAAAUUAUCAUUAUGGCCACCCGUACCCAGAACGUGUUGGGAGAGAAGGGUCGUCGCAUUCGCGAACUGACCGCUGUCGUCCAGAAGAGAUUCGGCUUCGCUCAAGGCACCGUUGAAUUGUACGCUGAAAAGGUCGCAACCCGUGGUCUAUGCGCUAUCGCUCAGGCUGAAUCCCUGAGAUAUAAGCUGAUCGGAGGUCUGGCUGUCCGUCGUGCCUGCUAUGGUGUGCUGCGAUUCAUCAUGGAAUCUGGUGCCAAGGGUUGCGAAGUCGUCGUUUCCGGCAAGCUGCGGGGUCAGCGUGCCAAGUCGAUGAAGUUCGUCGAUGGGCUCAUGAUCCAUUCUGGUGAUCCUUGCAACGAUUAUGUCGAUACCGCCACUCGUCACGUCUUGCUGCGCCAGGGUGUCCUCGGUAUCAAGGUCAAAAUCAUGCUGCCAUGGGAUCCAAAUGGCAAGAUUGGCCCGAAGAAGCCACUGCCAGACAAUGUGUCCGUUGUGGAGCCCAAGGACGAGAUUAUGUACUUGCAGCCUCGCAGCGAACCGAAGAACAAGCCGGUGCCCGAUAUGGUCGCCGAAGUGGUUGAACCUGUAGCAAGUUAAGCUUUUCCUUUGUAAUCGUUCCACAAGAAUCGCAAGAAUGGGGGAGUAAAUAUAUGGAUAGUGAGAUAAAAAAAACAAAA